UUUUGUGAUGUUUACAUUUGUGGGGACCAGUUUUGGUUAUAAAUUUGUAAUAAUAAAACAAGUUGUGAUCGACUGAAGUUAAAGUAUGGAAGGAAUAAGGCAGCGACUUUCAAGUACAUCAAAUCCGAGCACGUCAGACGAUGUUACCUCUCUAGAUUCAUGGACAGAUGCAUUGAUCAACUCAGAUACGUAUGACCUGAGAGAAAAUACUGAUUACGGACAAAGUUCUCGAGGCGCCGGUAGUUGCAGCAGUCGAUUAACGGAAUGUAUUCCACAAUAUUCCCCGAGGAAAGACACAAGCACUCAUGUUAAGAAUAGUAAUAGACAUAAAGAAAUAAAUACAAUCGCAGGACGACUUGAAUCAGAAUGUAAAAUUUUAAAUGACUCUGUCACUGUGACUGCCUCCACCUCAUCGACAUCAGGAAAAAAUCAGGUUCUAAAUCGACCAAAUUCUUAUUUUAAAAGUGGUUCAACAUCAGACAGAUAUAAAUCAAAACCACAAUAUGAUAAACAUAGUCAUGUGAAUAGCCAUCGGCCUGUGUCAGGUCAAAUGUCACAUAGUAUGGGUAGUUUGGACAGUUAUUCGCCCAGACGUGAUCAUGUCACUAAUGGUCACAAUAAUCACAGCCCACAUCAUGGAGCACGUAAUUCACAGAUGUCAAGAUCUGUCAAUGGAGAAUUUGGAUCAGAUGGGAAUGAUUUAUUAAUGAGGAGAUUUGGAACUGAAAGUGAAAAAGUGAAAACAAAAUUACAGUCAGCUUGGAACAAUAUGAAAUAUGGCUGGACUUUAAAAACAAAAACCAGUUUUAAAAAUGACAGUGCAAUAAUUUUAUUAGGUAAAUGGUAUCAUGUCAGACCUCCAGAAGAAGAAUCCUCAAAUCCCCACCAUCCUAGAGUACCAAGUUUAGAAGAAUUUAAACAAGAUUUUUCAACGCGACUGUGGUUUACGUAUAGAAGGGAGUUUACACCGUUACCAGGAACUAAUUAUACCACUGAUUGUGGUUGGGGUUGUAUGAUUCGAAGUUGUCAGUGUUUGAUAGCCCAAGCUUUGAUUCAACAUUUUUUAGGAAGAGAUUGGAGAAUUUAUGAUAAUCAGCAGAGAGAUCAGGAGGUAUUUCAUCGUGAAAUUAUUCGUUGGUUUUCUGACAUAGCUACAGACAACAGCCCUUUUUCUAUUUAUAAACUUGUAGAAAUUGGUAAAAAGAAUGGUAAAGAACCAGGAGACUGGUAUGGUCCAGCAUCAGUAGCCCACAUCUUCAGAGAUGCUCUUACUAAAGCAUGUAGAACAAUACCUCUUUUAUCAGAGCUGUGUAUUUAUGUGGCUCAAGAUUGUACCAUAUAUAAACAAGAUAUACUAGAUUUAUGUACGGCUAGACGACGAUCUAGUAGUAGACUAGAUCAAUCAGUAAGAGAAUCAUCAAUAGAUGAAUGGAAUCGAUCUGUGAUAAUACUUGUACCUGUAAGACUGGGUGGUGAAAGUCUCAAUGAAAUCUACAUCCCAUGUGUCAAACAAAUACUAAGUCAAGAAAACUGUAUUGGAAUAAUUGGGGGAAAACCCAAACAUUCUCUGUAUUUCCUCGGUUGGCAAGAAGAUAAGUUAAUAUAUUUAGAUCCUCAUUAUUGUCAAGAUGUCGUGGAUACAAGUGAGCAAAAUUUUCCCAUACAGUCUUUCCAUUGUAUGUCACCUCGUAAAUUACCAUUUAAUAAAAUGGAUCCUAGUUGUACAAUAGGCUUCUACUGCCAGAAUGAAACAGAUUUUGAUAACUUUAUUGCUCAAGUCCAACAGAUGCUUAUACCAAAGAAACAGCAAGGUAUGUAUCCAUUGUUUGUGUUUGAGAACGGCAGAGGAAGUGACAUCAGUGGAGAAGAUUUACCAGAAGAACAGGGAUUCCUCCGAGUACGACAUUAUCACGUUGGUGAAGAUGGACGGGUCAGAUCUCCAACUAUAGAAUCAGAAGAUUUUGUUAUUUUAAACUAAUCUAUUACUAAAUCCAUCACUUAACACAAGUUUUUUGAGUUAGCUUAACUUACUGGUGUGCUGAUAGCAAGAAAAUUGUCUAUUUACUUACAUUUAAGGUUGGUAUCUCUAGUCUUCCAGUAUUCAAGGCUUACAGCUCUGUUGAUGGUACAAAUGAGAAAAUCGGGCAAUGAGUGUAAGGAAUAUUUUUUUUAAAGGGAUAAUAAUAAAGAUAGGUUAUAACUUGAUUACUAAAUUGAAUAAUUUAUCAAAUUUACUUAGGAGAUUUGCUGUAGGAAGCUUACACUGAAAUCAGUGAUUUUUUGAGGAGGUAACAUGAUGGGGCAUGGGAAUUUAUUUCAGUGUUGACAUUUGUGUAUCCCUACAAACCAAUCAAUUAUAUCUAUUAAGCAAAACCUACACAUGGUCAUGCAGGGCACCAAGGGGAGGAGUUUUUUGUUUGCAGUGCCGUAUUUGCCUUGGUGAAAAUGGUGUAGCUUAACUAGAGCCCACAAAAAGGACCCCAUAAUAAAUGACUAAAAAACAUAUAUAAACAUAUACAAUUUUAACAAGAAUAUUAAUAAUUCAUUACUAUAGUAUUAAAGAACUUUUAUCCAUUUAAACUUGGGAAUACAACAAAAUUAACAUUGGGCAAUUCAAAACAUAGCAACCUUCAUUGAUCGUUAUGUAAUGAGCAGUUGGUUUUUAUUUGGAAUUACUUGGGGGAACCAUGAUCUUUUCAGAGCUUGCUGUAGAAAAUGAAGACAUACAACUUCAAUUCAUUUAUGUCAUACCUGAAACUCUCUUUUAAAUUAAUUUGACUGAAGAUGAGUCACAUUAAAGUUAUAAUAUAAUUUAGAUAACAUUUCAGGCCUAAAGAAAGACCUGCAAUAGGCAGAUUUAGCUCUUGCAUAAUGUAUGUUUAACUAUUUUAUUAUAAGUUGACGGAUUUAAUUAGUAUUUCCAAUGAGUUCCCUGAUGUGAUUAAAAAUCUUUUUCAAUCAAUUAGUUCACUGAUGUGAUUAAAAAUCUUUUUCGGUCAGUUAGUUCCCUGAUGUGAUUAUAAAUAUUUUUCAAUCAGCUAGUUCACUGAUGACGUGAUUAAAAAUCUUUUUCAAUCAGUUAGUUCCCAGAUGUGAUUAAAAAUCUAUUUCAAUCAAUCAGUUCUCUGAUGUGAUUAAUAUUUCCAUUUACUCCUCACAU